CCCUAAACUGGUUGGGCAAUUGGGCAAUACUGGGAAUGUUACAAAAAAUACUUCCUGUAAAUAAGCGAUCUAAAUAUCACUACAAACCUAGAUGAGCUUCAGACUUCAGCUGAUGACAUUAAGAGAAGACUUCAUCUCUUAUCACACCAGUGACACUCACACACUCCAGCGCUAUGGAAUCAGAGCCAAUUAUAGUAGCAGCUUUAGGAAGACCUCUAUAUCCUGGAAUGCUUUACGACUGCCGCAAGCAUUCAUAUAUUCCAGGUGUUACACUGUGGGAUAAAAAGUCAGUAAAGGAUAAUAUGGACAUUCGCUCAAAGCUCGAUACAGAGAUCAAGUUUAGUAGCUCUGACUCUCUCUCUGAUAAGUGCAGUCUUCUGGACGUAAAUGCCUCUCUGAAGGUCAGCUUCUUCGGUGGGCUGGUAGAGGUUGGGGGAUCUGCCAAGUAUCUGCGGGACACCAAAUUCUCAAACCAACAGUCCAGAGUAACAAUGCAUUACAGUGAAACCACAACAUAUGAGCACCUCACUAUGACCCAGCUGAGUCAAUUCACCUACCCUAAGGUAUUUGAACAGAAAACUGCAACUCACGUGGUCACAGCUGUGCUGUAUGGAGCUCAGGCCUUCAUGGUGUUUGAUCGGACAUUUUCAGAUGAUGACAACAAGCAAAAGAUUGAGGGAGAACUGAAUGUCAUGGUCAAGAAGAUCCCUUCAUUUUCCAUUGAGGGACAAGGAAAAGUUAAAAUGACAGAUGAAGAGAAGAAUAUUGCUGAGAGUAUCAGCUGCACAUUUCAUGGUGACUUUCAUCUUGAGCAGAACCCAACCACAUACAUGGAGGCCCUGCAGGUGUACAAGCAGCUCCCCACCUUGCUGAAGAAGAAUAACGAGAGUGGGGUUCCAAUAAAAGUCUGGCUCUAUCCUCUAUCUCUGUUAGACCCAACAGCAGCUCGGCUGGUGAGAGAAAUCAGCACAAGUCUGGUUUCUAACACUGAAGAUAUAAUGGAGGAGCUGGGAGAAGCAGAGAGGAGUUGCAAUGACCUGUUUAGUAAUACACUGAUAAAUGUUUUCAGUGACAUUGAUGAAAGGCUUCACACAUUUCAAAGCUCAUUGAGCAUUUACAAACAAGUGUUACAGAAAGCACUAGGGAAAGUCCUACCUGAAAUUCAAGGAGGAGGGAAGGAGGAGCGGUCACUGGAAAAUAUCUUGAAGAUUCACAACGAAUCCCCUUUUAAUGCAAGCAGUCUUAACCAGUGGUUAGAUAACACAAAAUCUGAACUUGACCUCUUGAGUUCCUGCACCAAAUCUCUGAAGGGGAUCAAAACUGAAGAUGCAGAUGGACUGAAAACUAUCCUCCUUAAUCCUGAUAUUGAUGUAGUGGUGUGUUUGAACUUUACAUCUCUGAAAGAUGAUGACCCAUAUCUUACAAACCUAAAUGACUUCCUGAAAUCUAAGCAGUUUGAGCAUGAUGGAAAUAUUACCUUGCAGUCUGUGGCAUCCAUCACAAAGUGGUUUGAAGAUCCAAAUGCCAUCACAAAGAUGAGAGAGAACUUAUCUCAAUUCAAAAGCUUCUCAGAGGCCAAUAAAGAUGAUAAGAGAAUGUGCUUCAUUAUUUCUGCCAUCUUUGAUUCCUCCAAUCCAGGCUCCUCCAUCUAUCUGUAUGAAAAAGGCAAAUUGACAGACAAACAGUUUCAGCCUUUAGUGACAAAACUGCCCGCACCUAAAGUAAUCAUCCAGGGAAACACAGUUUCCAUUAAUAUGUCAAUGUUUACAGCUGGAUCAUUAAAACAAUACAGAGUGGAGUACAAGGAGGAAAAACGACAGAAGAAAGAGUGGGUUGUCAAAAACACAACCAAUGAAAACAUUAUUCUAACAGGAUUGGAGUAUGGAAAAGAGUACCUGGUCCGCUACAGAAUAGUGAGUAAAGUGGGAGUGAGUGAAGCCAGUGAUACUGCCUGUCUUUCUUUAGCUCCACCUGUGAUUGUGGGUGGGUCAGGAGGUAAAACAUUCUCCUUUAUCAAAAAUUCUGAAAAUACUGUUAGGAAGAUCAUUUUUUAUGCCACGGAUAAGGCCUUCUGCAAAAUAGAGGUGACGUUUAAUAAUAAUGAGAUGGAUACCACUGGUAAAAGUAAAAAGACAAGAAAACAAAGAAAAGAAAUUGUCUUUGACACAGAUGAUAAAAUCCUCACUGCCACUUUGUGGCCAAAUAAUAAGAAUAACCCUACUGACCAGAGAGUUGCUGGUUUGGAAUUUUUAGUUGAAAAAAGUGAUGGCCAAACUGAAACAUACUCUGCUAUGUGUAAGAAGCUGGGAAGGCCUGUGAAUCUUUAUGUAAAGUCAGGAAGAUUUUACGGCAUUACAGGGAGAAGUGGAGCGCAAAUUAAUGCUCUGGGUCUCUACUUUAUUUAAAUGUGUCCAAUAAUUGUCACAGUAUCCAAAUUACAAAAAAAGUGUUUUCCCCGAAAAGGUAAUAAACAAAUACCCUAAAUAAAAUUAAUUUAGGUGUUGUUGAUGUUUAUAAUAUAAUUAUUAAGCAUUAAUUGUUUUGGGGAUAAUAAUUCUAAUGCUGAUAUAUCUUGAUUUAUAUUUUAUUCAAUUUAUGACCUUGUGAAAGUACUUAAUGUAAUAUAAAGAACUUACUGUACUUGAUUUGAAAAGACUUGUUUUAAGAAGAUCAGUUUGCACUUCUAAUAGGAGCGGUUUACCAUACAGGGCUUAUCCUAGUCACAGACUAAAAUGUAUGUUUGAGCUGCCUUCAUUUAAAAACAUCUUGCACUGAAUUAUCUUAACAUAUACAUAUGUGUUUGUUUUAUCGUUAACAUGUACUAAUACACACUUACACACCAAAGGAAAUGUAAAAUUGUGAAUCAAACCAUAGUUGCUCUUUAAGAUGAUAAAAGCAUGUUCAUGUGGAUGUGUAGUAUGAUUUACUUUUAGCUUAUGUAUUAGUGUGAAAACUAAUAUGGUAAAACGAAGGCGCUUUUUACACUUGGUAUUAAGAUGUGUUUUCGUUGAUCGAAUCACAAGUGGACAAAAGAGACACAUCACGUUUACACGUGGUAUUUAAAUUAGGGCUGUGCAAAAAAAUCGCCCUCCUCGUCCUCCACUCACCACCAGAGGGAUCCAUCCCCUGAGUAUUAGUACUUUCUGGACUGCAUUUCCCAUAAUCCCACAUACCGGGACUGAUUGCACUGUCACCUGUUUCCCAUUAUCCUUUGCCUAUAUAAACAGAACUUGAACUUGA